AUGGCCGAAAACGAGGCAGCCUGGAUCACCGCGCCUGCGGCAUAUCCUUUUACUGUGCAAAGUGCCCCGAGACCUAAGCCAGGUGGAGGGGAAGUUGUGAUCAGAAACUCUGCUGUUGCUAUUAACCCCGUUGAUUGGAAGAUCCAAAGCCUCGGCCGGUAUUUGAAUAAGUAUCCUUUCGUACUUGGCGAGGAUGCCGCAGGAGUCAUCGAAGAAGUUGGUUCUGGUGUGACUCGGUUCAAGAAAGGAGAUCGAGUGAUCGCCCAUUGUAAUGGUCUCAUGACGCAGGAUCCGAUAAAAGGAGGAUUCCAGUUGUAUCCCGUCGUCAUUGAGGCGCUUGUUGCCAAGCUCCCUGAUUCAGUUACCUUCCAGCAAGGCGUCGUGUUGCCGUUGGCCAUCUCCACCGCCUGUGCGGGACUAUAUCGAGAGGAUUAUCUCAACUUACCUCUACCUGCCAUCAAAGGUCAAAAACACACUGGCCAGACUAUCUUGGUCUGGGGUGGUGCUUCGUCAGUGGGCGCGACAGCCAUUCAAUUGGCGGUGGCCUCGGGGUUGACUGUUGUGACAACUGCCUCAGUUGGUAACCACGAAUUAGUCAAGUCCCUAGGUGCUCACUUUGUCUUUGACUACAAGUCCUCUUCUGUGGUUGAGGAUAUCGCCGACGCACUGCGAAACACCAAGUUUGUCGGUGUCUACGAUGCGAUUGGGGAAGACUCUAGCUUCGAGCCCAUCUCGAAGAUUCUGGAUGAGUUGGAUACAACGGUCAAUGUUGCCAGCGUGCUGCCAUGCGAAAACACAACGGACCGUUUCGCGCCGAAGUAUGGUAUGUUUUCCGCAUAUUUCUAUUCCGCUGUUCAAGUUGCUGACAUGGUCGAAUCGUCAGUCCUGGCCUAUUCUAUCAUUCAAGAUCCCCAUAAGGCAAUUGGAGAUUGGAUCUGGGGUAAGUACGUCUCAAAAGCGCUGGAGAAUGGAAGUUUGAAGCCCGAGCCAGCGCCCUUCGUUGUUGGGAACGGCAUCAAAGACAUACAACAUGGUCUUGAUGUUCAAAAGAAGGGUGUGUCCGCCAAAAAGGUCAUCAUCACUCUUUAA